GUCUAUUCUGCUUAUGAUAUAAAGCAGGCGAGCAGCUUUUGAUCUGUCCUGAGAAAACAGAAAGAGGUUUUAAAGGCAGAAAACAAUGUGUGCCAGUAUACGGAGCAGAUCAGAACCACGAUCGGACAUCUGAGAAACACCAAGCAAGGGCACAUGCACAUUCAGGCACUGUGCAGGGCUGUAGAGAAACAGAAUGACACCAAUCUGCACUUCAAGGCCUUGGCUGACAGAGAGGAAGGACGGCAGCGUCAGGAGAUUUCCAUGUGGCGGAGUGAGCUCAUAUGGCUGCAAGAGAAGCAUAAAUCAAAGGAGAACUUCCUCUUCAAAGUCACACAGAAGAUAGAGAUGCUCAAGGCUCAGAUGAACUGGGACCAGAAGACACUGGAUGCCUGGAUAGAGGAAUCGACUCGCAAAGACGAGGACAUCAUGGUCAUCGUAAAAUAUGCGCAGCAAGAUGAGAGCAGGAUUCAUAAGCUGACUCUGAGCAUGGAGAAGGUGAAUCUGGAGUCAAAUAAGAAGAGAAAAGCUUUGGACAACGAGGUCACUGACACCAUCGUAGCACAGGUGGCUCUGGAGAAGACGGUCGAGAUGGUGCAAAAGGCACACGUGGAGACACAGGAGCUGAUCAACCAGUGGGUGAAUUCCAUUGAGAAGAUGAAGGAAGAUGACCACGAUCUGCAGCAGUGUGCUUUGCUGCUGACAGAGUUGUACCAAGUUAUCCGUGAACGCAAAGCACUGAUAAAAGAGAAGCAGUACCUCCAGGGUAACGAGGUGGAGAACAACAAGGACUGCAAGAAGACGAUUGCCAUGCUCGAACGCCAGGUCAACCAGCUACGGCAACAGUUUCAGGAAGAGGAACGCAACAUUGAUCGACUGCAAGAUGAGCUGGUGAACAUCAAAAGCUAUGUGGAUCGCACUGCUACAGACUUGGACGCUAAGAGAUCCCACUUAGCGAGCAUUAAGAAGGACGUCGAUGAUAAAACUGCAAAAUUAGAGGAUAUACAGCUGUAUAACAUGGCCCUAGAAGAGAAGAUGCAGGCUUUGACCGAGGAAGCACUUAGCAUGGAGGAGAGAGCCGCUCAUAUGGACCAGCUGUACAGAGAUCUUGAGAAAAUCUUCAAAGAAAGUGAAACUCAGCUCCAGCGGGAACACAAGCUCCUCUUCCAGAAAAAACAGGAAUUACAGACACUGCGAGCCAAGGUGAAGAAUGUCAUAUCAGAUAGCUCAGGCAGUCGUUUAGCUCUGUCCAGCAUGGACAGCCGCCUCAGGAAACUAGACCAAGAUGCUCUCAAGCACCAGGACUACAUCAACAACCAGGAGUUCCAGGUUCGGGUUCUGGAUAGGAAAAUUGCCUUUCUGAGCGGAGACUUGAACAAGGAGGAGAAACAAGCUCUGGAAAAGCAGGUCUCUGAGCUGAGUGCAGCACUUGAGGAAAAGAAAAAGGCAGCUGCUUUGCUUGCAGUACAGCUCAAGAAGCUUCAGAACGAUAUCCGCUGUGUGAGGAAAGAGAACGAGAAGACGGGAGCAGAAAUGAGAGACCUGACUACAAAGAUUGAGGAAUUGAUCCUCAUUGAUGACACCAUGAACAAAGACAUGAAGAGAAUUCUUCUCAAGAAAAAGGAAAGCAUAGUGGAGAAAAAUAUCCUGAAGCUGCAGGUGAAGCGCCUCAGGAACCUGGUAUAUGACAAGGCGGAUACCGUCCUCUCUAUGGAGAAGAGGAAGAUGCAUCUGCAGGUAGCCAUGAAGGAGCGGCAGGAGGAGAUCUUUGUUUAUCGGGAAAUGCUCAGCAAGCAGCACAAGAUCACUGAGCAGGACAUGCACGGGCUAAGGGCCCAGCUCCACGAACGACUGUUCAAAGUUGAGACGAUGAAGAAAAGAUAUGAGAUCGUCACCAUUUCCAUGGCUGUACCAGAGGACGAGGAAGACGAAUUCCAGGCCUAUUUCAUUAUAAAGGCGGCUCAAGAGAGGGAGGAGCUUCAGCGCAAGAACGACGAUUUGGACGCCAAGGUCUGCAAGGCAGAGAAAGAAAACAAGGCACUGGAAAACACCAUGCAUCUGUUCAAUUAUCAUGAGAGCAACUAUUAUAAAUCCAUCAACAAGGUCACAGAAUCCACUCCCGAGUAUCAAAAGAAAUUAGUGUUAGAGGAAGAGAAAAGGACGGCAAAUGAGAAGGUCGAGUUCAUGAGACACCGAAUCAGAGAGCUGCAGGAAGACAUUGAGGACCUAAGCAUCUCAAUGAACAGCUUGCAUCAGGACGAAGCUGCUCUGAGACAAAGACACACCGUUUUUGGAGUGCAGAUUUCCUCUUUGAAAAAUGAACUCAUUUGUCAGCAGGAAAAACUUGACAGGACCACCAAGCAGUAUACCAAGCUGAGAAGGGAGGUCCGCUCUAGUAAAAACACCACCGGAGAGACCUUUGAGGAACGUGACAUCAAGCUGAAAGAGCUGAAAGAAUGCAAGAAGGCGAUAAAUAAGAUGAUUCUGGAAGUCAUGGAGAAGCAUCCGGACCUCCAGUCGAUAUUACAGAUGUACUCUGCACAGGCCGGACUUGCUCUUCCUCAUCCAUCCAUUUUAAGCAGGGCCUCAAGGCUGAGUUCGGCACGUAGUUCCGCUUCUCCCAGAUCUUCCAGAUUCCUAGGGCCAUCGCCAAGCAACAGCGCCAGAGCCUUGGACGUAAAGACGGUUGAGUUUUUGGUAUAAAUAUGAAAAUCAAAGUAACGUUGAAUAAAAUCAAGAGUCCUCUUUCUCACUA